AUUUCCUACUUAAUUAUAGUUCCUGGUGGUAUAAUAAUAAUACAAUAUUUGUUUUGAGCUAGCUGUAUCCACAAUUCGCAGAAUAUAAGCACUGAUGAAUAACAAACACAUCAUCUUUGUUUGGUAAAUAUCUCUAAGUGUCCUUGAAGUUGUUCCUAUAAAAGGUCUUUAAAUAAGAGAUAUAAACAAAAGCACAAACAAAUUCAAAAUGAAAUCAGCAAUUUUCUUGUUUGCGGUAUUGGUAAUUGUGAGAUAUGAGACGAAUUCUGCUGCAUUAGCCGGUGGAGUGGAUUUCUCAAGCCCACCUCUUAAAACAGAAAAUAUUGCCCUGAAUAAGCCAACAAGCCAAUCAUCUACCUAUAUAACUGGACAUGCUUCGGCAGAAUCUUACAAAGCAGUGGAUGGCUCAGAUGACAGGGACUGGUACCAUGGUUCAUGUACGCACACCCAGAAUGAUGUGAAUGCCUGGUGGAUGGUAGACCUGGAGGGAGAAUACUUAGUGCAAUCUGUCAGACUUGUCAACAAUAUGAACACUGUUCCAGCACGCUUGGCCAAUUUCAAGAUAGAAGUUAGUAAAGACAAAAUAACCUGGGAACUUUGUGCACAUCAUGGAUCAACACUUAACAGUGUAAACAUGGACUGGCAACUCUUUGACUGCCCCGCUCUUAUGAUUGGCCGCUAUGUCAGGGUGCAGCUACAAGGGACAAACUAUCUCAUACUUUGUGAGGUUGAAGUAAAUGGAAGAAGAUCUAUUACAAAUUAGUUUGAAGUCAUGACAUAAAAACGUUUAAACAUAUGGUUAUUUGAAUUUACACUUAUAAUACAAAGAUGUCUAGUCUGUGUAAAGAGUAAAAAAACUUUAUGGACAUUUUGUGUGGAUGGUUUUGCUAUAUUUAGAUGCAAAAAUUGAAGAUUUUUUUAGUUUUUAAUGUAACAUUCUAGAAGGGGUGUUGAAUUAGCUUGUAUUACAGAGAAUUCAGUGAGGGGAGAGCACGGAAUAUAUUUAGCUGAAAAACAUUUAUAUGACAACAACAGCUUUAUCACAUAUCUAAUUUGUUAAAUGUUCAUACUUGACUAAUGAGCAUUAUAUUAUUUGAAUGUUGUGUUGUAUUGUGUUUAGUUGUGUCUAAUAGAUAAAACUGUGGACU